UGCAGAUACACAACUGAAAAGUGUUAGUACGUGAAUGUAGACGUAGUGACGUGUGUUUUAUGUAAAUAUUAUAGACAUAUGUUUUGUUGUUUUAGACAGUAAAGUCAGCUAUGACGUGUAAAAUACACACGUGAGUGCGUGCAGUGAUGAAGACAUAAGAACCGAGUGAUGGAGCGCGUGCGCUGGGCGUUCCGGUGUGGCGCGUGGAGCCCCAGCCGGUCCGAGUGGCUACUGGGCACGUGCUGUAUACAACCGGAGGAGAGGGACAGGAUUGGUCAGUUCAUGUUCUCCAAAGACGCCAAAGCAGCAAUGGCUGGCCGUCUGCUGAUCAGGAAGCUGGUGUGUGUUAAGAUGGGUCUGCCCUGGGACGGGUUCCGCUUGGACAGAACGCCCCGUGGGAAGCCCUUCCUGGCCCACCCCUGGUCAGACUCAGGCUCCGCCCCCUGGAGUUUUAACAUCUCCCAUCAAGGGGACUUUGCCGUGCUGGCGGCUGAACGUGGGAGGCAGGUGGGAGUGGACGUGAUGAAGACCACCAGACCAGGUAGCAGCUCUGUGCAGGAGUUCUUCCGCAUUAUGAAGCGUCAGUUCACUGAGUUGGAAUGGCGCACCAUCGUGUCCGUACAGUCCGAGUGGGACCAGCUGCACCUCUUCUACAGACACUGGGCUCUGAAGGAGAGCUUUAUUAAAGCAAUUGGCUCAGGGCUUGGCUUCAAUUUGCAGAGGGUGGAGUUUCACAUUUCACCCAAUCAAAUGCAGGAGGGGCGUGUCUACUGCCAGACCAAAAUGCACCUGGACGAGGAGGAGGAGGAUUGGGUGUUUGAGGAGUGUUUGUUGGACGAGAACCAUCACGUUGCCGUGGCGCUGGGAAAACCUGACGUCCCCGUCCCGAACGAUGCUGGGAAUCCUGCAGAGGCCACGUCCCUCGGGUUCACCGUUCUGAGCUUCGACGAGCUGAUGACGGAGGCCACGCCCCUUUCUAAAGAAGACCCCGCCCACUGGGAGAGUUUUAGGAAUAAACAGGAAGCACCGGUGCGGCACACUGAUGGAUAGAGAGUGUAUAAAUGUUUGAUUUCGUAUGGUAACGGUGUAGACUGGUGUAUUUCCUCCAUCACAUCCGGUGUGCAGGGAUAAACUCCAGAUCCAGCGCAACACUGACCAGGAAAAGUGGCAACUGAAGAUAAAUGAACAAAUCUGUGUGUGUGUGUGUGUGUGUGUGUGUGUGUGUGU